AUGACUGGAGCUAAACGCAAUGCGCCCGGACCGACGCAGAAAUCCCGACCGGGGAAGAAAGCCCUCCAAAAACGACCUGCUCUAACGCAUUUUCUCUGUCUGCCCUUGGUCAAUGCAACAUCUCUUCCGCAGCUAGAGAGGUCAAUUGCUUCAUUCAAUGAGUCACACAUGCCCACCCCGGUGGCGGGGAUACCGCAGAGCCGAGAUAAAUCGGCAGAUAGGCCACCUCCAGGGACACUGGUCCCGCUCAUUCCUGAUGGCGCCUUUCGCCCCUUGGGAACUUUGCACCUAACUAUUGGUGUGAUGAACCUUUCAACAAAAGAACGAUUGGAUGAGGCUCUUGCGUUCUUCCGGUCUUUGGAUCUGGGUGCUCUGAUGCGUGAGGCUGGAUGCGUGGCUAUUGAGUUGCGCCAGAAGCAAUCAUCUUCAAAGCAUAGGCCGAAAGUCCCCGCAUCUUUCGACAACUCUACCCAUGACUCAGAGCAUUCUGAUAUUCUCAAUGUAUCUUUGGAAUCUCUCCAUGCCUUCCCACGUCCCAAGUCAGCGACCGUUUUGCAUGCCUCUCCCGUUGAUCCCACUGGUCGUCUCCACCCAUUCUGCGUGAUGCUGCGGGAUAAGUUCAUAGAAGCUGGAUUUAUUCUUGCUGAGGACAAAGACAAGAAGUCGCAGGCCAAAGAAGGCAAACCCGACUCGACAAACCCGGGGGAUACCCAGCCUCCCAGUGGCCAGAAUGCUAUUAGGAAGUCCUCUCGAGAAGCAGCAUCUACUCAAAACACAUCAUCAUCAGCAGCAGCAGACCAAUCUCAACAAUCAGAGAUGAGCCCAUACGCCAUGGCUCUGGCCCGCAAACCCAAGCCUCGACCUUUGGUUCUACACGCAACAUUAGUAAACACAAUCUACGUCCGCGGUCGAAAGCCUGAGGGGCCUAAACGUAUCGAAUUCGACGCUCGGAGUAUACUAUCGAAGUACCGUGAUUAUUAUGAGGACGAAUCACGAACAACGCCGCGCGAGCAUACAACUUCCGACCUUGUCGAACAAGCCUCUGAGGGGGGUGAAGAAGUUAAAAAUUCCAAGGUUCAAUUCCCUUUCAUAUGGGCGAAAGAUAUCCCUAUUGAUUCGGUCUGUAUAUGUGAGAUGGGUGCUAAGAAGCUUGAUCUCGGCGAUGCUGCGUUGGCGGAUCCUGCAAGCGUGGCUUGGAAUGCGCGUUUGGGUGAAAAGUAUACAGUCAUUUCGGAGCGGCGGAUUUAG